AUGACCGACCUAACGCCCACCCUAAACAGCCUCCUAUCCAAGCAUGGCACCUCCACCUGCGCAAGGCCCACUACCAAAACAGCAGAUGAAUUCCUAAAAGAGGCAUACCGAAUCAACUACCACAUAACCUCCCUCCUCCACUACCUCCAAACAAUCCGACAUGCAUACCUCUCAACAACACCCCAACGCCGCAAUGCCAACGCACCCACAUCACAACCAACCAACCCAACCCUCCCACCAACAUCUCAAACCCUCACAGACCCAGAACGCGACACAAUAGACACACAAACCUCCCUCCUCCUCCGCGACCUAGCAACAUCCCUAACAAACCUUUCAAGCGCCGAAACCCUGCGCCAAGAAACAGAACAAACCCUCCUCCGCAAGAAAUACGGACACAGCGCGGCCAGCGCGCUCCUCUUCCGCUGGGCGGGCGGAAAAGGCGUCACCGAUGAAACGGGGAACGAGGGUAAAUCCGUGGAACAGGUGACGGCCGAGGAGAGAGCGCGCGCGCUGAAGACGGUGCGCGAGGGCGUGCUUUGGUUUUUGAGACGUGGAUUGGAGGGUGUUGUUGGUGUCCAGAGAGGUCUUGUUGAGAAGAGGAUUGAAAGGGUUAGGGAGAAGGAGAAGAGUGUUCUUUACAAGGUUGCUGCUGGGAGGGAUGUUGGUGGGAGUGCCAAUGCCGGUGGGAGAGAUGCCGGGAGGAGGGGGAGUGAGAAGACGGGCGGAUAUGGCUCUGGGACAUCGUUUGAUCCUUCUUUCUCGGCGCCUGAUGCGAGUACACUCAGUGAAGCGGAUACGGCGCGCAUCGAGGCCCAGCUUUCGCCGGAGCAGUUGCAGCUUUUUGCUGAGGAGAAUGAUACUAUGUUGAGGCAUUAUGAGGAUACGUUGGGGAAGGUGCAAAAUGCGGAGAAAUCACUCCUCGAAAUCUCAUCUCUGCAAGAGACGCUCGUUACGCAUCUUGCUACGCAGGAGGAAUACAUUACACAGCUUGUUUCGGAUGUUGAUACGACGCAGACGAAUGUGGGCCAGGGCAAUCGUGAGCUGAAGCGGGCUACUGAGCGGCGGAGUACGGCGCAGGCUGUGUUUUGGGGGACUGUUGGGUUGUGUACUUGGCUUGUUGUUUGGGAUUUGGUUUUUUGA